AUGGAUGAAACAGACGAAAGUGAAGAGUACUCAAGAAAAGGCGAAUCCUUCACAAAUACGACUGGAUCUUCUUCAUCGCCACCUCCAGGUCAACCACAACCACCUCCACCUCAGCUACCUUUAUCGCUUCCACCAUUAAUUUCAUCAUCAUCAAAGUUAACCGAUGAGAAACGUGAAUUCUUCCCUGAAAAAAUGCCUAACAUUAAUAAAGAGACGAUGAACAGUAAAGCGAUGAUUGCCAACAGUUGGACUUCACAGUCAUCGAAUGUAAUUACAGCAAAAGCUUCACCAGCUAUUCGAUCAACAAGUCCUCGGACAAAUCAAUCUCCAAGAUUUGUUAGAUCUGCAUCUGAAAGAUUUCCAGAAAUCAAUUCAAAGAUCAAUCGUUCUUCGGGUACGCGGAAGUUUGAAGACAUUUACUUGGAAAAUGAAUCAAACAAUGAUGUUUUGAAAAAGAAUACACAUAGUACAAAUAUUUCAAUAGGUCAUCAUACUGGUGAAGAUUACACUAUCGAAGUACCACAAAAAGUGGCGGCCUAUUCAGCAAUCACAACAAAGACAAUAUUCCCUGAUAUUGAAAAGUUUAAUCAUACUAAUACUACAACAACGAAUCUACCCAGUAAAUUCAAUGAACCUUUACACCAGGUUGCUAAACCAACUAGUGAUCUAUUUUUAGAAAAAGAGUCAAGUUGGAUUAAACGAAAAAAUGAUGAACUGAUGAACAAUGAGAUUAAAAUUGAUAAUUCACCUUUGACGAAACCAUUAAAACAACCAGUCCAAGUAAGAGUAUCAUCAGGUCCAUUAGCAUCAGCAGGACCAAUAUACUCAGAGCAGCCAUCAUUCUCUUCACGGAUGAUACAUAGUUCACCGUGUAGUCCAACUCUGGAAAGAAAUGUGACUAUAAAACGCACUCAUCAACAUCAACAUGCUGACGAAGAUGGAUAUUUACGACAGCAUUCACGACAAACUGGUCUACCACCACGUCCACUGCGUUCACCAAUCAUGCGUAUCAGCGGUAGAUCGGCUUCACCAGUCAUUAAUCGCAACUCGUUGAAAACCCAGUCGUCUGGACAAUUUGGUAAUGGUACAACAACAUCUACACGUAUAGAUCCAAUUACUGGAGAAUUGCAGCAUGUAACAACCCGAACACGAUCAUAUACUGAUUUAAAUCAGAAUGCUACAGUCGAUGAAGUUGAAGAACAUAUAUGUGGUGAAGGGAAUACAGAAGUAAGGGUGGUUCGACGUAAAACCAGGAGAAUAAAACCAAAUGCUAAUCGAGAAUCCAGAAGUAAUGACAGCGCAAUAUUUCAUCAGGAUUCAAGAAUUCGUCAGCGUACAGAGGAAACGAAAACAGAACAAAGGGCUGAAGAAGAAAUGCAUUAUCAGUUUCCCGUUACUAAAGUUCAACCACAUAGGACUGCAAGUCAAACAAACAUCAGUGGACCUGCAUCCGUCACUAAGACAGCCUGGUUAUCAGAGACUAAUUUACGAAAUAGUUCAAUGUGUAAACAACCGCCAAUGUAUUCAACAUAUUCUGCACACAAAGAAAAUCUACGCCGGAUGCAAGAACAAAGGAGAACAGCAGAAGACUGGACAUCUAAUAGACAACUGCAUGAUAGCCGAUCAGUUGGUAGUCGUGCUGUCCUGGAGGAAAUGGAGACAAUAACACUACAACCGAUUGGUCGAGGUGUACAUGAUCUUGAACCACCAGCUGGUUCAAUAGCACGAUCAGUUCGAGCUAAUACUCCAACGGGUCGAUCAUCAUCCUACAUAGUGCCUAUAAGCAGACCACAUUCAUCUGCAGCAAGAAUUCAUCCAGUCAGCGCGGAAAGAACAAAACAGUCUAGCUAUAAAGAAUAUUAUAGUAGUCCUAUACGUCUAAAACGUAGUACUAUUGAUUUACCGUAUAGUUCAACAGUUACCCAGGCAUUGAUAAGUCCACCGACUAGUAGACGAUAUGUUGAUUUCAUCUGUGCUAGUCAAACAACAACACAUGUGUCAAGUAUGAAUCGUGGCCUACAACAUCAACAUCCACCUGUGCCUCUUCCACCUCCACACACUAACAAUAUCACACAUUUAAUUAAUAAAUGGAAUUCAAAUUCAAAUAAUUCACAGAAAAAUUCUACUGGAGGUUUAAAUCUACCAAAGGUGAAUACAAAUUCAUAUGCAAGACAAACGUUAACACAGAAUAUACAGGAAAUUACACAAAAGCAACAGAAUCGACAACAUUCACCGAAUCAACAUCAUCGUAUAUCAAUGGAUCAUAAUGAAUUAGCCAAUCGAUCAUAUGCUCCUGGUGGAUGGGAUCAUCAAGAUGGUUUUCGUACAAUUGCAACAACUAAUUAUCAUCGUGAAUUACACGCAUCUGGACCUCAAUCACCAUAUCUUGGAGCAUUUGGACCGAAUUCGCAUUAUGAGGCAACACCAGUUGGUAGUCGUUCAGUCGUUCAACAAUCUGAGAAUAACUGGAAGACUACAACUGCCUUCUCUCCAGCCGGAAGUUUGUCUGGUACCAAUGUCGUUGUUGAUGGUGUAGACGGUGAUGUAGCAGGAAUGCGUCAAGUGGUUGAUACAUCAAAAUACUGGUACUUGCCAGGGAUUUCACGUCCAGAUGUAAUCGCAUUAUUACGCGACAAAGAACCUGGCAGUUUUGUUAUUCGUAACAGUAACACGUAUGCUGACAGUUUUGGUUUGGCACUGAAAAUUCCACCAAGUUCACCAAGGGGGUUGCCUAACAAAGAUGAUAAUCAAUCAGAGUGGGUUCGUCAUUUUCUCAUCGGUACUGUACCUAUGCAUGAUGGACGUGGGAAUGGUGUUCACUUGCGUGGAUUUUCUAGUGAUCCAACAUUUCCAAGUUUAGCAGCUUUUGUUCAUUAUCACCUAAAUCGACAAGGUGCUCUACCAUGCACUCUACGCCUUCCUACAGUAACCAAUCAUUCUGUAUUCAAUCAACAAAGAACAACUGUCAACGAUCAUGGUACUUAUAGUUCAGAAACACCAUUGCCUACAGCAGUGCCUAGUAGUACAAUGACUAUGGAUAUGUUAUAUCUUGGCUCAGUUGAAGUUGAUCGUUUAGAAAAUAUGAAUGCUGCAAGUCGUGGAAUUGGAAAAAUUCUUAGUCUAGCUGAAUCGUAUUCAGAUGGUCUACCAAAACAAUGUGAAGUACAAAUUAAAGUUAUUCCACAUGAAGGAGUUACUUUCAUGGAAAAAUCAAGAAGAAGUCUAUGGAAAAAAGUUAUUAAACCAAGCAAUCUACUUUGGUGUGGUAUGGAUCCAGAAAACAGAGAAUUUAAUGAUGUAGAAUUACGAUCUAAGGGAAUGUAUGGUUCAAAGUUAUUCGCUAUAGUUGCUCGUAAGCAACGCUUUUGGUUACAUGAAAAUGUGGUUUAUGUGUUCUGUGAAGUAAAUCACAAUCAAUCAGCAGCCCAGCUAACCAGAUAUGUGAAUUCUGUAUUCCCUUGUAAAAAUCCUACUGAAGUAUACAACAAUCUCUAA